AUGGACGUUGAUUGUCCGAUCGUUAGCCUGAAGCGAUCUAGCAGCGCGCCGAUGAUUAACGAGAUCAGCGCGACCAUGUCCAUUACCACGCCGUCGACAUCGUCAUCGAGGGAUGCUGUGUCCUAUAAUGUAUUUGCUAAUUCAGCUCGCCUACGACGCUUUAGUACCAGUAGCCCUGGUAAUGUUCCUAGAUUAACACCACGCGUGAGUCAGUUAAGACAGGAGGAAUGCGUGGACGUCGCUGGUCGGGAAGCGGCACACGAGAAAGAAAUUCACAGUGCCAUGCAGAUAUCGCAAUCAUGGGAGGACCUCACUUUGGAGGCGGAAGGAUUGUCGUUCAAGGAUUCGGAAUCUCCCACGCAGCAGUUUAACAAAAUGGAACGGUCAACAAAGAAGCCGUUAGAUCCUUUAAGUUUGAAUCUGUCUAUCACCGGCUCGCCACUGUGUUCUUCACCUUCCCCCACGAGAUCUGGAUUUAAUCAAAGACAGUGUUACUCUCCCGGUAUUCACAUCUGGAAGAAUAAUCUAUCUCCUAGUCCUACGAGAAAAGCGUUUGCCACAAGGCGCAGUUUGAGUCCUAUCGCGAUAAGGCCAAGCUGUUUAGGGCCAGUCAAAAGAAAAUUCGAACUAGACGAGGCUGGAAUGGACCACAACUUGCAACCGCCUGCGAAACGCACUUCUGGUUUAUUGACGUCAGUUGUAUCCAGAUUGGAUGCGCUGUCUAGCCCACUUCCAGGAACUAUUAGUUCCGUGGGCACGCCCGAAUCGUUAUCAAGCGCGGAUUCGCCUAGUUUCUCCUUCCGGCCGGUGGACAGUCCGUCGCCAGUUCGCGUAGGCCCAAAUAGCGAUAGCGAUUCUCUAUCGGACGCAAGCAAUCAAAGCAAAUCAAUGGAUCAAGUCCGUGCUGAUCAGAUCAGUCAGGACAAUCACAGAUGAACGCGAGAGAUCGCCGGACACGCGAGAGUUUGGAGAUUCGACGUGUCACAUUGAUCCUUCUCGGCAUAUCGAUGUAAGAGAGAAGGUACUUGUGUCUUACACCGAAUCCAAAAGUCGCGAGCAUAUCCUUCUCGUCGGUCUUGUCGUUCGUUGAACAAAGGACAGUCGUGCGGUGUACGAAUUGCUUGGAACUUUAGUGCAAGUGCGACAAAACGUUUAAAAGAGAGGCACCUCUAAAUAUGCGUCUCUGAUACUUUUCAAUGUACGAAUAAGCGUAGCGCCAACAGUGUUCUCUCCCCUUAAUUAUUCUAACCACACAUAUCGGCGGAAGACGCUUUACAUGCUUUCGUAAUCGUUCCGUUGGAUUUAUUCCGGAAUGAAGUAUUGUCCCCUCCGACUGGAAUGAUUUCUUUCCCGUUUUUCUUUCUUUACGUAGCUAUAUACAAUGAUUCUGUAUGUAUCGAUUAAUGUAUACAUGAUUAAUGCCUUCUUCCCCGCUCUAUUUAUCCCACCCACUCUAUUCAACGAUCCUUGUUAUCUAUUUUUAAUGUUUGAUAAGUGAUGUUUUGGGCAUUGGGUAACUCUCUAUCCAGUGACUUCUAACGUGCGUAAUUUAUAAUCGAAAUUAUUUGUUAUAUAGACAAUCAAGGUUGCGUUUAAUCGCGUGAAUUCCGCAAUGAUGUAUAGACACGAUUUAAUCAUGUCUUUAAUAUUUUUUUUCAUUAUUAUAUUAUUUUCACAUCGAUAUAUCGAUGGGUCUUGAGUUUUCAUCUUAAUGAGAAGUUCGCGUUGACGCAAUCUAAAUCUCUAGGCUCGUAUUCUUGGUGUAACAGUCAGCGUUAAAUAGAAGAGAAGAUUCUCAAGUUUUUUCUUAGAAAAAAUAUGUUUAAGGUGAUGAUGAUUGUAUAACGCAAGAGUAAUGUGUCCGAAAAGCGGGGUAAAAAUAUUCGAAUCUCUUAAACAUGCUUCUGAGUCAUUUUUAGGGAAACGGUGAGAAUAUGUCGCGUAUCCUCACACUCAAAGAUCAAAGGUGUCUCUGAUCUUCUAUGCGAGGAGGAAAAUCCGCAAAUAUUGCCUGUUUUCCCCCAGCUUUCGACACUGUCAGUUUGCCAGGAAAAAAAGAAACGUAUUUGUGUGGCCAGGUGAAACUCUAGUACCAACGUGUAUCGAGCAUUAGUAAUGUAUGUACAUAUACGCAAAAAUGCCGCUAUAAAUCAUAAGAUAACGAUCUUGUCCUACGUAUAAAUAAUAAUAAUAAUAUAUAGACGCGUUUGUUCUAGAUUUCUCCGAAUAAUAUCGUACAAAUGGCUCUAUUUCUCUCUCUGACGCUUUAUUUAUAAAUAAUGACGUCACGUAGACUCCGCCGGAUCUUCCCUUUACUUAAACCAAAGCAUAAGUAUUAAGUUCAAGCUCAUCCUACAUUUAAUAACUCCCAUUGUCCUUUCUUCUGCUUACGUUUUCGUCGGCUUGCGCGAAAUCGAUCGAGCUCGUCUUUACGUUUCCAACGAAACGCAUCUCUCUAAAAUCUACGCGACACGUUACGAAAUGUGUGAUGUUCGGGACAAAUGCGGAGCAUUCCGAGCGAUCUCGAUCGAGCGUUACCUUUGGAAUAAUAUACGUUUUGUAUAAAUAUAUAUAAAUAGAAAAACACACAUGUAUAUUUACAUAUAUAUAUCUAUAUGAAGUAUCAGGUUUCAGAAGGGAGAGAGAAAGAGAGUAACUCGAUUGUGACGAUGCUACGAGAAUCUGACUGUGCCAGAAAAUAUUAUUAGUAAUAUGCGCAGAAAGGAUUGUUUAGAUCUUGUAUGCGUUUUAGCAUGUAUCUUUCGAACUUCCGCUCGCCUGUUAAUAAACUGAUGAUAGAUCA